AACCCCUCUGUUGUGAAUUGUCGCUAUGAGCUGCAGGAUGAAACCCGUUUUGCCAUAUGUGACCUUGGGAACCCUAUGAAACCUAUGACUAGUCUGUGGGGAGGCUUGAGGUUCACUGUGCCACAUCUUCGAGACACCAGUCAGAAAGUACAGUUUGACUGUCAGAUCCGCAGUAAAAAUGCAAAUAACUCUCAAAGUGAACUUGUGAAACUAACCAUCAAUGUAGAGGCGAAAACAUCUGUAUCGUUCUUCGGGGUUUCAAAACCGGAUAUUGUAAUCUUUCCACUUGCAAACUGGAAGCCAAACAAACUGGUCACUCAAGUGGAAGACGCAGGUCCAGAGGUUAAUCACGUGUAUGAGCUGGCAAAUCUAGGGCCAAGCUCCAUCAGUCAUGGCGUCUUAACACUCAGCUGCCCGAUAGUCCACAACAGAGAACAAGCGAUGUAUGUCAUGAACUAUUCUGUGCAUGGCUUGGUGAACUGUACCACAAGUCAGCCCAUCAACCCACUUAAAUUGCAGUAUUCAUCAAAUCCAACUGGUCAUCAUGUAGAACGGCGGGACACAUCCCGGGUUUCUGCUGGAGGAUCACAUCUUUUAAAAUGUACCCCUCACCAUUCAGACUGUUUACACCUUCGCUGUGAUGUCGGUCCACUGGAGAAGCAGCGACGAGCCAUACUUAAGGUUCACUUCAGAGUCUGGGCCAAGACCUUCAUACAGAAUGAGAACCAAGGCUUUGCGCUGCAGUGCGAUGCAGCGUAUCAAAUUCAUCGGCUGCCUUACAAAAUUCUACCUGAAUCGUAUCCUCAGGGAACACACCAGGUUAAUACAACCAUUCACUGGCUGAAACCAGAGAGUAGUUAUGGAGUUCCUCUGUGGAUCAUAAUAUUGGCCAUCUUAAUUGGUCUGCUGCUGCUUGCCUUACUUAUAUAUGUUUUGUAUAAGCUUGGGUUCUUCAAACGCUCCUUGCCCUAUGGAACCGCUAUGGAAAAAGCUGAACUUAAACCUCAGGCUGCCUCAGAGGCCUAGACUAAGCCUAUAGCCUCAUCCCUUGCACUGCCAAAAAAUCUUCGAAAGGGAAGGUGGAAGAACAAUCAUGGCUUUACUUUGAAGUUGACACUACAUUGGGAGGGAGGGAGACAAACACGGCCUAUUGCAUUCACAACUUCUAGUUGUUCUGAAAGGACCUGUUACUACAGGGACAAUAUGACCGAACCACUCAGGCUUCUACUGAAGGCGAACUAUUUAAGGUCAAUGGUGAGGACUUUUUUUUUUCUAUUUAAGAUGAAACCAAAACGAUGGCUUCCCCCUUCAGCCCGUCCAAAACAAGAAUGUAGGUGGAAAACAUAAUGACCUUUAACCACUGUUUUGGUGCUGGUUGUCACCUGACCAAUUUUUGGUUCACUUAUGAAGUUGCCUUUGGACAUUGUCACAAGCUGCCUCCCUCAGCAUUAAGUAUUACUUCUCUUCUCUGCUCAUAAGACUCUGAUUUCCAGAGAAAACUGAUUGUAUAAGCAAUGAUGGAAACCAAGGAACCAUUUCUUAAUUGGAUGGAAAAUUAGUUUUAAUUGAUUGUUGAGCUGAAAAUUGUUUCUUAAAGGAAAGUUAACUUAUUGAGCGUUUAGCACAUGUGUGCUUUUAUGUGGAAUAUAUAGGAAAAUAACAGGGAGGUUCUUCCUGUCACAUAGGCACAUUGAGGAUUACAUUAUGUGUACCCUAAAAUCUGACAGUCUAUGGAAGUGGUGAAUUCAAGUGUGACUAUAGCUAUCUAGCACACAAUUGCAAAAUGGUUUUCUACUAAAUGAUAAUGGAUUAAGGCUACAAUCUCAAAGGCUCAUAAGCAACAUCUCUACACAAUUACUGGUGCUUUUUUAAGGCAUAUACAGUUGGUGUUCCAUCAGAAAUAUCUUGUUAAAUGAAUGACAUGCCCAUAAGACUGGGACAUUGCAUUCUGUCUGUAUUUACAAGGUGACGCUUCUCUGAUGAUGAAGAAUCUCAUUUAUUGGUUGGGAAUGCAAAUAACCCGGGGAGGAUUUGGAGUAGAAUGCUCAGUAAAUACAUGUAAGCUGUAUAGCUACGAGACUGAAGGAGUUUGAAGAACCAGUAACCACAGCUUUGGGCAGCUGUAAGUGAGGUAAAGAUUUGGUUAGAGGACCAUGCAGUCAGUAUUUAAUACUAAAAAUAUAUUUUGUGUUAAGACUCCCAAAGAAUUGAGAUGAAUAUCCAAAGAUUUCUUACCAAAAAUUCAAGUGCCUUCUAAGUAUAUUGCAGCAGGUUCUCCAUAUACCUGACUGAGCACUGAUCCU